UGCUGAGAGAGACAGAGAUGAUUAGGGGCGGCAAGAGCUUCGUGUCAGCACAUCCUGCCUUCUCCGCCGAUGCCAAGCGCCUCCUCGUCUGCACAGGCACCGCCGUCUCCAUCUUUAGCACCUCCACCGGUUUGCAGAUAUCGUCCUUGGAGGGUCACAAUGGCUUGGUCACCUCCGUCAUAGUAGUUCCGGGCAACAAGGCUCUGAGCUUCUGCUGGACCGCCUCCGUCGACGGCACCAUUCGCUAUUGGGACUUUGCUGUUCCUGAGUUGAUGAAGACCAUUGAUAUCAAAAUGCCCAUUUUCUCUAUGGUUAUUCCGUCCAUAAUGGGCCAACCCGGGAAAGGAACACGAGAGGAUGAUUCUAAUGCAGCUCAUGUUUUUGCUUAUUUGUCUGUUGAAAAUACCCAAGUGCAACCAAACACACCAAAGCCGUUGCGUGGACGGAUUCGGAAGUGUAAUUUGACUGAAUCUCGUUUGGCUGGCGGUGCUCUCUCUGAGACUCGAAAACCAGAGGCUAUAACUAUCAGUCCCUCAGGAAAAUUCUUUGGCAUCCGGAACAAACGGAAGCUUCAUAUAUGGAGAGUCCCUGCUAUAGACUCGAAACUCAUGAUUGCUAAGAAGAUUACUCUGCAUCAUACAAGAAACUUUAACGUUCUUGCAUUUCAUCCAACUCAGGCAAUUGUUGCCGCAGGUGAUACAAGUGGGAGAAUUCUAAUCUGGACAGGAUUCGGUAAACGUACAUUUUCCGAUGGUGAUAAAUUAAUGAAAGGAAGAUCAAUGAAUAAUGAGGAAGAAAGAGAUGGAGUUAGGGGAGAUGACGAUGCUGAUGCUUCCUCCACCUGGCAUUGGCAUGCGGCUGGAAUAAGUGUACUUUCUUUCUCUUCUGACGGUGCCUAUUUAUAUUCAGGUGGAAUGGAAGGAGUUCUUGUGGUCUGGCAGCUAGACACAGGGAAAAAGAAGUUCUUGCCCAGAAUUGGUUCUCCUCUUCUAUAUUUGACUGAUUCUCCCGACCCUUCACUUUCUUCUAUAUCUUGUGCAGAUAAUCAAAUUCAUAUACUAAAGAUGCCCUCCAUGGAAAUCGUGAAGUCUAUUUCAGGGAUCAAGCUUCCUUAUUCAUGUCCAGAGAUAUAUGAUGGAAUAUGCAGCAAGUUUGCCUUUGAUCACACUGAUGGGUUCGUUGCCUUGCGUACCGUGAAUUAUCGCAUCCAAUUCUACAGCUUGUUUGAUGACCGCGAAAUGUCUGAGGUUCAAAUAUGUGAAAGAAACCAUCAACCAGGGGAUGAAGUCAGAGUAACAGUGACUUUGGUGUCUUUAUCUAAAGAUGGCUCUAUGAUGAGCACUGUUGAAGUUAAGCUUCCCGAGGAGGGGUUAGGUAGUCUUGUUUGUCUUAAAUUUUGGGCAUCAGGGCCACAGAACAAAAAUUUCAGCCUGUCCACUGUUGUUUAUGAACCUCACAGGGAUGCUAGAAUUUCUUCCCUUGCGUUCCAUCCUACUCGUCAAAUGGUUGCUAGCUCAUCAUAUGGUGGGGAUUUCAAGAUUUGGGUUUGCAGUGAUGAGAUUCAGCAGAAGCAUGAGGCGCUGCAACAUUCUGGGUGGAUGUGUCAUGCAAUAGGUUCAUACAAGAAUAAGCCAAUGACAGCUGCUGCAUUUUCUGGCGAUGGUUCUGUUCUGGCGGUUGCAGCUGAAAACGUAAUCACUCUAUGGGACCCCGACAACAAUGCACUUGUAGCUGUCAUUGGAGAGAUGCAGAUGCCAAUUGCGACCCUAUCUUUUGCUGGGAAAUCAGAGUAUCUCGUGUCUGUCACUAAAGGUUCAAAACCACAACUAUCGGUGUGGAGCAUGUCAGAACUAUCUGAAUCUUGGUCAUAUAAGCUACACGUAGAAGCUGUUACCUGUGCGGUAGAUUCGUCAUCAUUUGCAGUUCUAUCUUUACUAGGAAAAGAUGGGGUAAUCUUAUUAUUCAAUGCAACAGAUCCUGUUCCAUUGGCUAUGUGGUCUGUAAGGAAGGCUCAGGGAGGCGGGCUUGCUUUUCUCAACCUCGACCAACUUUCUAACCAACAAAAUAUUUUAGAUAGGAACCGUCCACAAGCUUUGCUUGUCUAUGUAAAUGGUGACCAUGAAUACGUCAUCUUUGACCCAUAUAACAUUGAAGCAAAAGAACUUAGUCUAACCAGGCCGGGGAGUCGUGUUGCCCCUGAUGAAACAGGGCAAUUUGGAUAUUCAUCUAUCUACGGGGAGCUACCGAAGUUUGAUAUAAAGAGAGACCAGACCGUGGCCCCAUCUGCUCCAUCACAGAGGCCUUGGGAGACCAUAUUUAGUGGGUCAUCUCAUGAACUUCCACCCCUAACCAAACUGUGUUCAGAUUUUAUGGAAUCACUGCUAGAAAGGAGGACUGCAAUGGUAGAAUAACU